GUCCGUGGUUGUUUACGCGCACGCUGCCGCCGCGUCGUAUAGUGUGCGAGUGAGUAUAGAUUUAUUUUGAAUUUCGUUCCUUUGUCUCCGAAAUUAAUUUAUGCCGGUUGGGUUAAACGCGGAAAUAGCCAAAAACGUGUAUUUUACUAAAUUUUUUUUGGUCUCAUCUCGUCCGGAAUGUCGUCGCCAAAUCGUAUUAGCAUAAAUUAAAAACUAAAACGCGCGCGAAACUUCGGCGAGAAAACCGGAUUUCUAUCGUCGGAACGGGAAAAACGCGCAAUUCACGUUUGCCACCCUGAGCCACAUGUUGAUUACGGUGUGUGAUAACCGCUGUUGUUGUUUGUACCCGUCCCCUUCGCCACCGCCACAGACCGUGUUGGAGGACACUCCCAGUUUUGUUGUCUUUUUCAAAACUUGAAAAUUUAGUUCGCGACGUUCGCGUCUUGAUGUACCAGUGAUUUCUAUGGCCAAGUCCAGGAACGGUCUGACGGCCGUUGGCCUGUCGGUUUUGGGAGCGUUUUUGAUCCUGUUGGCGUUCACGACGAAGAGUUGGUUGGUCACGGAUGGGAAAUUAGAGCACCCGAAAUUCGAAAGGAUCGGUCUAUGGGUAGUAUGUUUUAAAGAAUUUGAAGAUACUCAUCAUUGGUACGACACAAGAUUCCAUAGUUGUUGGUGGGUGUUUGAAGAAGAAUAUUAUAUUAUCUAUGAUAUUUUAUUUAAAGGUUUUUAUAUUGCCACUCAAUUUUGGUUCUCAGCUUGUGUUCUCUUAACAGUGUUUGGUUUAUUCUACACUACACUUUAUAUGUAUCUAAAUAGAGCUUAUGAACGAUAUGUUCAAAUUCUAUUUACAGCUGGAAUACUGUACAUAGCUGCUGCUAUAUGCAGUACUAUUGCUCUCAUAAUAUUUGGAAUAGAUGGAGACAGUAGAGUAUGGAUGCCACAUUGGGAACACAAUGAUAUAGGAUGGAGCUACGGAGUAGCAGUUGCAGGAACUAUUGCCCUUUAUGUCAGUGGAGUAUUGUAUGUAAUAGAGGGACGGGCACACAAGAUCAAACGUCAAAAAAUGGCUACACAAAGGGCCAAUUACAACUAUGACGCAGAUGACUUCAAACAAUCGUCUCACACUGACAUAUAAAUUUUCAAAUUUUAAUUUUCAAAACUCCAGUAGUAGCAUCUGCACUUUUUUAUUGAUUUAUUCUUAAUGAAUAUGUAUGGUGAGCACUUCUUAAACAUAGACUCAUUGGCAUUCUUCAAAUGUCUGCACGAACUGUACACUUCGCUUAGAAAACAUUUGGUAUUUGUUUUGGAUAACAAGUAUUAUUAAGUAUAGUAUGAAUGAGCGCACUUAAAGGAUUUUAAUUCUUAAGAAUGACUUUAUAAAAACAAUUUAUUACUUGGUGAGUUGUAGAAUUAUUGACAAACUGUUAUAAAUUAUUUAUUGAUCUUACUUUGAAUUUAAUGUGCAAUUGAUAUUGGAUAGGUAUUUACAACUUAUAUAAAUAAGAAUCUCAAGUAUUAUAAAUACUUAAAAAUUUAUAAUUUUAUAAAAUCUAUGAAUUUCAAUAAUAAUUAUUAGAUAAAAAAUAAUUGAUUUUUGAUUGUUCGUAUGACCAAAUAUAAUAAUUGAGAGAUUUGUAAAAAAAAAUUUAUUUAAGGUAAUUAAUGUAUAUUUUUUAUAUCUAGGUUAAAAAAUUAUCCGUCCAUUUAAUUAUAAGUUAAUUUUAGUAACUAGUGCUAAAAAUUGCUACAAAAUAUUUAACAAUACUUAUAAAUUUUUGAUAAUCAUAUUAGGUAACUGUAUUUUUUAUACUAUUUUGUUAAAUAUUCCUUAAAAUUGUUAUGGACUAAAAUUGUAAUACGUAAAAAACAUUAUCCUGUGAUUGCAUAAUUAUUGUUUUAAAUAAUAUAAAGGUUUAAGUUGUUCUGAUUGAACACUUCAUAAUUAGAUCUUAUGAUUGUUUUAAAAAAAAUCAUGUCAUCUGUUUAGUAUAGUAGUUGAGUAGAGUAGUUCUAUGAAUGAAUAAAUGCCGUCCAUUUUUUUUUCGUUUUAUGAAUUAUUAUAUGUUUAAUUAAUGUUAUAAACGGGGGAAUCAGGUACUAGAUCUGAAUUUAAAAAAAAAAAAAAGAAAACUUAGAAUUUAUCUAAUAUGAUGUUUAAUUAUCUUACCAAUCUUACCAUGUAUAAAUAAUAAGUUGUAAUUUUUUUUCGAAAUUAAACAAUGUAUUUUUUUUUUUAAUUUUAAGCUUUCUUUUGUUACUAAUUAGCAUUUUAUGUAUAAAUUCGAGAAUUAUGAUUUUCAUACUUCUCAUACCAAGAGUACAUAUCAUUUGCUUUAUUAUUAAUUUUACAGCUUUUUUUAAAUUUAUUUAUUUGUAUUUUUAAAACAUAGGUAUGAAACAAAUUGAAAACAAAUAUAUAUAUAUAUAUAUAAUAUAUUUUUAUAUAAAUGCAA